AAAAAUUGUAAACUUGUAAUGUUAUACUUUUGGACGUUUUGGUCGGCCCAAAUAGAACACCGGCAAACUCUUUGCUAGUCAAACAAAUAGAGUGAUGUUGUUCAGUCAAAAUUACCGGGAGAUAUUGAGCUACUCGUUUCCAAAAAUUAAGGAACUGCAAUAAUGAGUUCUGGACAGAACCAGAAGUCUAGUAUAGACCAUUCCCUCUCAUUUGAAGAUGUCUCCAAGUUAUUCUCUUUGCCCCUCUCUGAGGCAGCUGACAUUCUUGGUGUCUCCUCGGGUGUUCUAAAGAAAAUAUGCAAUGAGAAUGGUCUUGAGAGAUGGCCACACCGCAAGUACCUUGCUGGAAAGAGCAUUGAAGACAUAAAGAAGGAAGCCGCUAAAGAGAAAAAUAAAGCAUUGAGAGGAGUUUCACCAAAGAGCAAUGUGACAACCCCUUCAACCAUAACUUCUACUCCAGGCUCUCUUGCCAAGGAUAAUAAGAGUCCUAAACCUACUCCUGAGAUUUCAAAGUCGCAAGGUAACAACAAUGCACAGCAGAACCAAGGAAGCAAGACUGUGGCCACUUGGCGGUCCCAUCAUAUGCUUGCUUCUGGUUUGGCAAUAGAAACCAGCACCUCACCAGACGAGUUCAAAUAUGGAUUCCCAUCAGCUGGCUUAUCAGAGUGCAGUAACAGAUGGUGGGGAAGUAGUAAUGAUAGUAAUGAUGGAGUAUUGAAGGAUGAUGAUACAAAAACCAGCUCUGAAGUGAAAGAUGCCUCCAAGGUUCAAGUGGAUGGAGUAUCGAAGGAUGAUGAUACAAAAACCAGCUCUGAAGUGAAAGAUGCAUCCAAGGUUCAAGUGGAUGGAGUAUCAAAGGAUGAUGAUACAAAAACCAGCUCUGAAGUGAAAGAUGCCUCCAAGGUUCAAGUGGAUGAUAGUGCUAGCAUGUGUGAGGAGAGAACUGACAGCAUGGAGGAGGAUUCCAAGAGUGAUAAGAAGGAUGAAAUUUCAUUAUCAGCUACGAGGAAACGAGCUCUGGAGGAAGGAAAGAAGGCGCUAAACUUUAGUGUUUUAAAGAAAUAUGGGGCUGAUAAGCUGAGAAACGAAGAGAAGAUAUUGCUGCGUCGAUUAUAUCAAACAAGUUAAAAUCCUUAGUUAAGGAAAGUAGUUAAAAGGAAAGCUCCCUUGUUGCCUUCCAAGCAGCGUACUAGAACAUGCCCAUGUCUGUCAAUGGCAUAUCACGCUGUAACCUGUUUUAGAACUUCAAAAUUUAGCAUUCUGUAGUCAAGUUUUUGCUGCCCUUUCAGAAAUUAUGAUUCGGAAUUUACGAACCACUUGUACAACUCACUGGCAAACUCAUAAGAGAGUGCUUGUCCUGUAGAAUACGAUUUCUAUGUUGCACGAAAAUGGGAAGAGAACAAAAAUGUAGGCACGUUAACGGAAGGGAAUUGUGGUAGUGCAAAAGUUGAAUUGUUGAUAUGAUAAUUUUUUGUAAGAGUUGUAAAUUGGGUGUGGAAGUUCAAAAGGAUGAAGAGUGAGGUUGUCAAUUAGUUGGGCCUUGGCCCAUUACAGUAACCCAUUGUUUACAUUCCAAUUGUUUCAUGAAAACAACUUGUAUAACAAGUGUAUAGAAUUCCGUUUUCAUCA